GUUCAGCCAACGACGACCGCAACGUCGGACACAGCUGGCCAACAUGUCCGUCGCUCUCCAGAGGCCGCUGCGCGGAUCGCGUAUAUCAACGUUUUACCCGGUCAAGAGCCUUCCCUCUCUGGCGUCUCUGGACAGCGCAUUUCAGCUCCAGGAGUACAUCUCGCUCCUCAUCCGCCUCGACCCUCACGACGUCGACCAUAUCGUCGCUAUACCCAAGGGCAAGGAAAAAGACGAAUCGGACAAAGACAAAUCACAGAGCGACGUUACAGUGGACGAAGCAUGCUGGAUAUAUGAGCAAUUACGACGGCUCGCGCAAGACCUCUCGCACCCGCUCAUCACGGUUUUGCAGCAGGAAUGCACCCGCGCGACAUGCCCAGAAAUGAAAGCAGGGGAAUGGCUCUACCUCUGCGUUGCUCACGGCAACGAAAACAACAUGGAGCAAUGCUGCGCGAUCGACUACAUCAUCCACACUCUCGACUCCGCCACCGCCCUUCUCAAUUCGCCGCGCGCCUUCCCCUCGCGCCUCUCGAUCCCGCAGACCUCCUACCGCCACUUCUCCUCCCUCGCCCGCCGCCUCGGCCGCAUCUUCGCCCACGCCUACUUCCACCACCGCGACGCGUUCGAACAGGCCGAAGCCGAGUCGUCGCUCUACGCCCGUUUCCUCGCCCUCACCUCCCGCUUCGACCUCGUCCCGCAGGAAUUCCUUGUCAUCCCGCCCAGAGCCGCCGACGACGACGAACGCGAAGAACCCUCCGCGCGCCGCACGGCCGACGUCGAGCCGCCGCGCAUACACGCCGCUGCCGCGCUCGACCCCGCUCACGAGCGCGAGAUCGAGCGUCAGCGGAGCGUCGAGCACGGCAGCCCGCGGAAGACGGGCCGGAGCCGGACGGACACGAUGGUCUUCAGCGAGGCCUACAACGUCGUGGAGGAGAUGGCGCGCACGUUGUCCGACGAGGCGCACCCCGAGCAACCCGUGGAGGAGGAACCCGCAGCUGUCAGCGCGGAGCCGGAGCAUGUGGAUGAGCCUGAGGGCCCAGCGGAGGAGGAGCCGGCGCCGACGGUCCCUGAAGUUCAAGAAGAGCAUGCAGCUCCUGUUCCGGAGAGCGAGCCCGAGCCCGAGCCCGAGCCCGAGCCCGCCAGCGAGGAGGUGCAAGCGGAGACGGCGCCGACUGAGGAAGUCGCGGAGGAGGUCGAAGCUCCCGCGGAGGCCUCUUCGGAGGCUGAAACGACUGAAGAUCCGUUCGGCGAUGGCGCCGCCGCUCCUGAGGACGGUGGCGAAGGCCAGGAAGAAGUUUCGGAAGAAGCUGAGAAAGAACCGCCGUCCUCCACUGAAGAGGCAUCCGUCUCACAGACCGAGUCGAAGCCGGAUGAAGCCCAUGUUGAUGCGGAGCAGCGUGAAGAAGCUGCGGAGGAGGUUACUGAACCAGUUGCCGGCGGGGAGUCUGCAGCACUCGAGGCGGGCAAGGAGGAGGCGGCGGAAGAGAAGGCUGAUAAGACUGCGCAAACACCGGAGGAGGAUGACGAGAAACCGAUCGAGAAGGUGGAGGGCCCAGCGAGCGUCGCAUGAUGUGUUGUUAUACUACCCGUUGGAUUUUCUUUCACUGGCGAUCACUUUGCAUGUUCGUCGUACGUGCGACAGUGAGGAGGGUCAUAGGCCUAAGGCCCGCGCGUGAGAACGGCGUGAUAAUCGCUCCAUAUUCUCUAUCGCCAUCUCUGCUUUAUCUCUGCUUGUGUACUCAACUGAAGAACACGGAUUUCAU